GGAAAUUUCAGCCGGGCAUCCCCAAUUCAUCUUCCCCACGCCGCGUCCGCGUCCGGACCGGACACCGGCGGCACCUCCUCCUGCCUCCACUUCACCAGUUCAUCGGGCGCCGGAAGUGGGAGCCAUCCGCCGCCGCCACAUAUCUGUCCUCUUCGGCGCUGACUGGGGCUCAGCCGCUCGAAGCUCCAUCCCGCCUCCCGUCUUCGCCGCCGCUCGUCAGAUCCCUCGACGCGACGGUCGUGUCUUGACUCUCCACCACGCGACUCCACCCAGCUCUUCUCCACGCGACUGCAGAGCGACGAUCGGAGGCGCCGCCAUCGCACAAUCCACCGUCGCUGCCUGCUCCUGUGAUACUCUCACAAGAUCCGCUGCUACAUCCAUUUCUUCUUCUUCCACGUUGCUGGGAGGAGACGGGCGCAAGGAUUUGUGCGAGGGAGAAAGAAAGGGAAGGAAAGGGGAUAGGACGGGAGGAGGAGCACGACUGCUUACCACUUAUUCUUCCCAGCCCGGCAACCAAACAUGAGCUCAGAUAGAGUCAAUGCAUAUGGUGGUUCAAGACGAGACGGUACGGGUAACCAAACAUAUGUUAUCUGAACUCAGUGGUCUCUUAUCGUACGAGUCUACCGAUUACCAUGCUUGCCGAAGCCGUCGUUGCCGACGAGUUUGAUGCCGGAGCGGUUGGCCUCCGCCUGGAGGCCCGGAUGUACCUGGCCGGCCGGGCCGAGAGAAGCAAACAUCGGCCCGGCCCACUCUAGCGCGAGCUGCUUGAGCUUGUCGACCCAGACACGGUUACAUAUCUCGUGUUAGUUCAUAGCCUGGCCCAACCGGUAAGCUAUACUGACAACUUUACUACCCGUCUCGCGCGAGCGGAACACAUUCCGCUUGUCCUCUCUCGCCGCUGCUCCGACGAGCUCGCCGGCGCCGACUCCCCUCCCGUCGGACCAGCCCGCCGAAAGCGGCCGGACGAACGAGAGGCUUCCCUCCCCUCGCACUUGCCUGCCUCGUCGCCUUCCUGAGCCUCUUUCUGCGCCCGGCCACGGGCUCGCGGCCCCACGCCCGAGCACGUGCAGCAGGCGCCGAACCCGCCUCCUGUGCCACCCCAUCGGAGCUCGCCGGCCACGUGGAGGGAUUCCUUUUCCUCGCAGCAUUCCUCGUCGCCGACGGCUUCGUCGUGCUCCAGGGGUUGGAUUGGCGUGGAGCGGAGAGCAGUGCAAACCUGGGAUUGAAUUCUGGUGUAGAUGGAUUCCACAGCUCUUCAAUAUGAAAACCAAAAAUUGGUGCAACAACUGGAGGUACAGAAGUCCGAAAUGCAUGCAUUGGAGCGCAAGUUCAAGGAGCUUAGUGAUGAUCAAUGUUCUUAUGACAAGACUCUGAUUUCUUUGAAUAAACUGUGGAAUCAGCUGAUUGAUGAUUUGGUUCUGCUUGGAGUACGGGCUGGUGGGGAUUUGGAUAAUUUGCAAGCACUUGACCAUGAAGAGUUAUCAGAAGAAUCUUUGGAGUCGUGUCCUUCCGAGGAGAUAUUUCUCUUAAGGCUCUUGAAGACAAACAACAUCAGAGAUAAUAGUGACACUAGCUUGUUGAAAUUUGUUGAAGAAGCUCUUGCUUUUCGGUCUUCAGCAACUGUUACUUUGAUGAAGUCCCUGCAAGAGACUAUUUCUUCGCAGCAAGCUAGAAGUGAGUCUUUGUCUUUAGCUUUGAAUGGACAAAAGUCAAAUGAAGAUGUUAUUGUUGCCCUUCGAAAUCAUAAUGAUUGCUUGAAAGAGGUGGCAGAGAAUGCGAGUCAAGCCAUCUCUAUUAUCAACGAGAAGCACAAAAGGUAUCUUGAUGAGAUUGAGGCUUUUAAAAGCAACCAUUCAAGGGAGCUACAGGAAAUCAAGCGUAUUUCAGGUGAGCUAGAGGAAAGCAUUGCAGAGCUUGAGGAAAGUCAAAGGAAGUUGGUUGUGCUCCAGUUGCAGAGGCAUGGUUCUGUAAUGGAUGCAUCUGGGGCAAAUGCUGUGAAUGGUGGUAUUUCUACUCAUAAAUCUUCAGAUAAAAGUAUGAGCUGGCAAGACCUCAAAGAUGCUGUUGACGCAGCUAAGACCCUCGCAGGAAACCGUCUAUUAGAACUCCAUCAGACUCAAGAGGAUAAUCUGAUACUAUCCAAGGAGCUGGGAGAUCUUGAGGGGCAAUUGAAAGAUGAGAAGUAUGUCUUGGUAUCCAAACCGUACAUGAUUCUUAAUGAUAAACUACAACAUUUGAAUGCUGAGAUAGAGCGUUAUAGAGGGUUGGUUGAAGUUUUACAGAAUGACAAGGACCAGCUCAUGCAAAGGGAGAAAGAAAUUUCUGCAAAAGCAGAAUCGCUCGACAGUGUUAAACAAACCAUUAUCACAUAUGAGAAAAAAAUUGAAGAACUGGAAACUCAAAUUCAGAUACUCUUUUCUGAAAAGAAUGAUCUCGAAACCAAGGUUGAGGAGACUUUGCAAGAUUCAGGUAAGAAAGACUUCAAGAAUGAGAUUCAUGUUAUGGCUGCAGCACUCUCCAAUGAACUGGGUAUGAUGGAGAAUCAGUUGAGUCGAUCAAAGGAUGCAGCUUCUGAAGCACUUGCAUUGCGUGAGCAAGCUGAAUCAUUAAGAUCAUUGGUAGCUAAAAAGAUUGAGGAACACAAGAAGAUUUCGGAUAAAUACAACUCACAAGUAAUUGAGAUCAAGUCCCUCAAGGCAUUGGUUGAGGAGUUGGAGCAGGAAAAGCAGGAGCUGGAGUUUAUUGCAGAUAUGUACGUGAAAGAAAGUUCUGAGUCUAGGACAAUUGCUGAUAUUGAAGAAUCAGAAACCCGAGCUCGCAAUCAGGCUGAAUAUUUGAGGAGCAAUCUAGAGGAGCAUAGUCUUGAGCUUCGGGUUAAAGCAGCAAAUGAAGCUGAAGCUGCAUGCCAGCAAAGGCUUUCCUUUGCUGAAGUGGAACUAGAAGAGUUAAGGACCAAAGUAGAUGCAUCUGAAAGAGAUGUUGUGGAACUUAAGGAGGCAAUAAGAAUUAAAGAGGCUGAAGGAGACGCCUAUAUUUCUGAUAUCGAGACAGUUGGUCAAGCAUAUGAAGACAUGCAAACGCAAAAUCAGCAUCUUCUUCAACAGCUUACUGAUAGAGAUGACUUUAACAUAAAGCUAGUAUCAGAUAGUGUGAAGAUGAAACAAGCUUGUAGUUCCCUUCUCUCUGACAAGCUUAUGCUAGAGAAGCAACUCCAGCAAGUUAACACUUCACUGGAGUCAUCUAAACUGAAAAUUGCCCGUGGCGAAGAGCAGAUGAAGACUUGUGUAGCGCAAGCUAUAAAAACUUCAGCUGAAAACAGACAUCUUACUAUUAGCCUGGAAAGGAUUGCGCUGGAGUUAUCCAACACAGAUAAGGAACUCAAGUGGCUUCGGUCCUCCGUUGGAUCCUCUGAGAAAGAAUACGAGCAAACUCAGCAAAAGAUAUCUGAGCUGAGAGCGUUACUGGAGCACGAGAGGAGUGAGAGGCGGCGGCUUGAAGAACAAUAUGAAGAGGUGAAAAAUGAAGUUAUGGAGCUGACCUCUGAGACUGAAGAGACUACUGUCCGGAAACUUGAGGAUGAAAUAAAAGAAUGCAAGGGUAUUCUCAAGUGUGGUGUAUGCUUUGACCGGCCUAAAGAGGUUGUGAUCACCAAAUGUUUCCACCUAUUCUGCUCGCUAUGCAUCCAGAGAAACCUCGAGAUUCGCCACCGAAAAUGUCCUGGCUGUGGAACCCCAUUCGGACAAAACGACGUUAGGGAGGUGAAGAUAUGAACCUCACCAAAGUGACAGUGACAAAACCGACUUGCGUGUGAACAGCAGCAACAAACUCCCUUGUGAAUAUCGUCUGUUAUGUUGGCGAACAUCUAGAUCUAACUUGCUUUAUUACUGGGAUUAAAAUUAGGAUAAGAACUGGAAGAAGUGAAGUUCCUAAUUUAUUUGCUAUCGUGUGUGCUAUGUAUGAUUACCCUUGGCAGCGAGUGGUGUAUCUGCUGGGUGUCAAUAUGCUCGAAUUCUAGCUCCUCCCUGCUAGCGGGUGCAUGCCAGUUUUAUUAAGGCUAUUCCAUGUACAUGGUGUCACACUCUUUAAUACAUACCACAUAGGAUGAAAAUCUGAUGUGACAUGUGAUUGAAA